AUGAGUUUCCUGGAAGUCCUGCCAGUUAAGUUAAAUGAGAACCAGCUGGUCUGCUUGUCACCUUGAGUCUUAGAAACCAAAGAUGAAAACCUACAGUACAGACUUUGCUUUGGUGAUAUUUGUGUGUUUAUCUCUGCUGAAAUGUGAAGCCAAUUCUGCUUCAAAACAAUUUCAAGCAACAGUUUAUAGCCCUAUGAACACAAUUUGCCAUGAUGGGUUCAUGUCCGUCUACAUACCAAAGGUGCAGUUUGCAGCUCUUCCUUUCAGCAUUUUUGUUCAAGAUGAAUAUGGCAAAUAUUACCAAGCCAUUGCUAUUGCAAAACAAUGCCACUACUUUUUUGAAGAAAGUGACACCGUUGUUGUCUUAACGGUUGCUUCCCAUGGAUGUUUUGUGAGAAGACAAAAAUAUGUCACAAGUUUGAAUGUCACCAUUGUGGCACCUGCAAACAGGGGCAGCACUGAAAUUGUCAAGUCAAUAUCCCUCAUCUGUGCAAGGAAAAUUAAAGAGGCAAACCAAAAGGAUUAUUUGCCACUGUCUGGACAGCUUUUCUGCAGCAAUGAUGGAUUUAACAUUACUAUCCUCCGGAAUGCCACAGUCCCACCUCUGAGCCUGGAUGCAGUUUGGAUCCCAUCAAGUCAAAGCCACAACUGUAAACCUAAAACAAGAUCUAGUGAUGCUGUCACUUUCAGUUUUCCAUUCACUAGUUGUGGCACUAAGUCCAUGAUUGCAGAUGGCAAAAUAACCUACUGGGUCAAUAUUGAGGUGAAACCACAAAAAGGUUCUAUAAUUUUUCACCCUUCUUUCCAUCUUGCAGUGCAGUGUAGUUUUGCACUGGCCCAACUGACUCAAGUGGGCAUCAAGGUUCAGAGAGAAGCGGAGCAUCCAUCAACACUGAAGGGCAAAGGAGUGCUAAGGACUGAAAUGAGGUUUGCCAAAGAUUCUUCUUACAGGUCUUUCUAUUCCUCUCAUAACCCUCCAACAUUGACUGAGCUUGGCCAGCCUGUGUAUGUGGAAGUAUUUGUUCUCAAACAUGAGAACAAAGACUUGGUGCUACUGCUGGAGGACUGCUGGGCCACACCGUCUCGGGAUCCACAUGACCAACAAAGAUGGAACCUGCUUGUUAAAGGGUGUCCUUUUACUGGUGACAGCCACAGAACAGUUGUGUUGCCAGUUGUCUCCAGUAAAGAGCUGAAAUAUCCCUCUCUUCACAAACGAUUUGUCGUAAAACUUUUCUCAUUUCUGAAGCCACAGACAUCUGAAAACCUGGUUUAUUUCCACUGUGACAUAGAGAUCUGUAAAGGACCAGGCUGCUUAAAUUCCUGCCACAAUGGAAGGCGUAACUUAAGAAGAAUAAUACCAGGGACUGGGCAAAGGAUUCUUGACCGUGAAGUAUCUGGUGGACCUCUUCUGUAUCUGCUGUAGAUAACCAGAAAAAGGAGUCCUGUUUAAAAACACCAAGACUGGAAACUAUUCUGAUUUGUAAUUAAACUAAAGCACUUAUGUUAAUAGCCUUGGUGUUUAAAAAUAAUUUUCAACUCUUUAAUCACUUUACUAGCUCUUAUUUUGGGUGGUUUGCAAAUUUGUGUUGAUAUACAUCUGCAGAUAGGUGUGAUGUACUGUAUGUAUUAGUCUCUGAAUAAAUGCAUAAGAUAGGUAGGUUACUUUAAGUUUGCCAGGCUUGAGGUGAAGACCAAAAAAGACACAAUACAAUUAAUUUGCAAGUUACGUUGGGUUCUGGGUACAUUUCAUUUUUUAAUAAAUCUUAGAUUGGUUCUAAACCUUGCUUGCACAGAAGGAAAACUUUGACUUGAUUGAAUGGACAUGAACAAAGUGACGUGUUUUUCUGUUACUUGUAUGAUUAUUU